UAUCUGCACAGUGUUAUGAUAUUUUACUAUGAUUUUUCUAACAAAUUAGAAUUAACUAAAGUUUUUAAUUAAAUACGCGUAUAUUUCUUACGAUCAGAGAAAAAUCUCGUGAUUUGAUUCUGUUUUACCUUCCCCAUUGUGACAAUUAGAAAUUCAAAGGUUGCCGGAUGUGUUACUAGUUCAUUUGGAGCAUAUUGUUAUAUUGCAUCUUCUAGUAAAAAUGGAACAUUUUUUGAUGAAAUUUUCAGUAUCUUUUGAUACUAGAUGUAUAUAAAAUCUGUUUGAAAGUUUUUUUUUCUCCCCUGUUACGGAUAUAGGAAUUGACAUGUGUGUUUUGUUUACAUUUUUGAUGACGGCUUCAUUUGGAUUUUGAAGGGGUGAAUGAAUUGUGUUUCUGUAUUAAUUUGUGUCAGUUCCUCUUUAUUUGCUUAUAUAUAGCGCAUGCAAUUUAGAGCUAUUUAUAUGCUGAAAGAUGUCGUUCUUUAGUAAUUUUCGGAAGAUUUUCAGUAUUGGAAAUGUUACUGGUUCAGAAAAUAAACGUAAGAAAGUUUAUAAUAAUAUUAGAUUCAAUGAAAAUCCGGAGGACUUUUGGGAAUUACUGGGUGAAUUAGGAGAUGGUGCUUUUGGAAAAGUCUAUAAGGCUAUAAAUAAGGAAAAUAAAGAAUAUGCUGCUGCUAAGAUAUGUGAACUGAAAGGUGAAGAUGAUCUAGAUGAUUUUACUGUGGAAAUAGAUAUUUUAACAGAAUGCCGACAUCCCAAUAUUGUUGGCUUGGUUGAAGCUUUCUUUUAUGAAAGUAAAUUGUGGAUGAUGAUUGAAUUUUGUGAAGGUGGUGCUGUGGAUAGCAUAAUGAUAGACCUAGAAAAACCUCUGACUGAACCUCAAAUCAGAUAUUUAUGUCAUGAAAUGGUCAAAGGUUUAGAUUUCCUUCACAGCAAAAAAGUUAUUCACCGAGACUUGAAGGCAGGAAAUGUCUUGCUUACUUUAGAUGCUGGUGUUAAAUUGGCUGACUUUGGGGUUUCUGCUAAGAAUAAGGACACUCUUCAGAAAAGGGACUCAUUUAUUGGUACUCCAUAUUGGAUGGCACCUGAGGUAGUAAUGUGUGAAACAUUUAAAGACAAUUUGUAUGAUUACAAAGCAGAUAUCUGGAGUUUAGGGAUCACUUUGAUUGAGUUUGCUCAGAUGGAACCUCCUAAUCAUGAAUUGAGUCCCAUGCGAGUUCUUUUGAAAAUACAGAAGUCUGAUCCUCCAACUUUAAGCCAACCAUCGAAAUGGUCUAAGGAGUUCAGCUUAUUUUUGAAUAAAUGCCUUAUUAAAGAUCCACAAUCCAGAUUGACAGCUUCAGAACUUCUUAGACAACCAUUUAUUGUUGAUGCGACGGAUAAAAAGCCUCUAUUUGAGCUCAUAGUGGAAUACAAAGCAGAAGUAUUUGAAGAGGUGAUGGAAGAAGUUGAUGAUGAAUCUGAAUCUACAAUAUCUACGACAUGCAGAAACUCUCAGUUGAGUAUGGAUAGUGAAGUAUUGGACAAUGUUUCAAAUUUUAGUGAGCCUAUUGAAGAUAUUUCGGGGAUAUCAAAAAGCGAUUACUUAGAAAAUGGAGAAAUUAAGUCAAUAGCAUCAGAAGACUUGAAAACUUCAGAUGGAAACGAAGAUAUUUUUAAACCAGAUACCACAUUGACAAAUGAUAUGUCAAACAGUACAGUGAGCUCACCAAAAAGUUUUGAAUCAGUUUGUUUAACUUCGAAUAUAUUGUCGGAGGCUGAAGAUUCAGAAUUAAAUAUAACAAUUUUGCACUCUGGUGAAUCAAAGAGUGAAUCUGAUCUUUCCUCUGAUGUUAAACAAAAACUGUAUAAAGCUCUUUCUGAAAGUAGCUUAAAUGAAGUAAAAUCUGAACAAUUUCAACGAUCUAUGUCAUUACAAAAUGCUGAAAGUAAUAAAAAUGGAGCCGUUUGUGAUAAUGAUAAUUUUAGUGAUCAGAACUUAUCAACAACUAUAGAAAAACUGCAUAAUUCCUCUCAGUACUUGGAACUAGAUAAAACUAAUUCUAUGCUUGAAAAUGAAGUUUUAUCGGUUGAACAUAAUGUUGCUGAAGGUUCUGGUCAAUCUGAUUAUGUAGAUAUAAACACUAAUGUCGAUGCCGAUUUGCUGAAAUCUGAAAAAGAAGACAAAAUAUCAACUGAAUGUACAAAUGAGUGUGAAAAGGUUGCUGGAAAUAUUACAGAAUCUGAAAAAAAGGAAGAAUCAGCUUGCAUGAUUCAAGAAUCUAUUAUUAAUCUAUCAGAAAUCUCCCACUCCAUAAAGCAAGAUCAUAUACCAGAUGCUAGUAAUUCCAGUGUAUGCAAAAUUGCUCAACAAACUGAAGACAAUGAAAAUGUAGAUACUCUUACACCUCCGAGUUCCGAAUUUACAGAGGAAUCUGAUUCUAAGAGAGAAUCUAUAUACAAUAGAGAAGAAAAAAUUGGAGAAGAUUGUAUUGAUAGAGCUAUUUUAAAAAGCAAUAUCGAAGAUGUAGAGAAAUUUGUUUCUGUCCAGGAAGAUAAGGCUGGCAACACUGGUGAAAAAAUAGUUAUUCCUAAUGAACUAGAAUCCAUUGACACAGAUUUAAGCAAAGAAUUGCAAAUGAAAUCUGAAACACGAUGUUCAUCAAAAUUAUUCAAUUUAGAAGUUGCUGAAGAAACAAGUUUUAUUUUAGAAGAUAAAAAUGUAUCAGAGACAAUUUCAGAUAGUUCAAAUUUAAUUAGUCCUGAAGCAGAAAAACAGUCUACUUCAAAAUCAAAUUUAGAGGGAAAUUCAAAACAUUUAACAGAUGUUCCUGUUAUUGAGCCCGUGAAAACUUCUAGUAUUUGCGAAAAGAAUGUUACCAUUAAUGGGGAAGAAAUCUUUAAAACUGACAAAAGUGAAAUUCCGAAAGAAAAAGAUAAUUGUAAAAAUAGGAGCGAUGAAGAUAUACCUCUUCCAUCGACUGUUAAUCAAUGUACUAGUGAUGCUAAGGAUUUGACUGAUAUGGAUUCUUGUGGUAAAACAGGAGGUAUGGAUAUGGCUAAGGACAUCAAAAACAUUUGCGAACAUGUAGAAUCAAGUAAUAAUGAUCAAGCUCAAAUUAUUUUAAGAAGAAAGGAAAGAACGCCUGGUUUGCAUGUUAAAAGACCAAAUGCUCUAAAUAAUGCCUCACAGAGAAUAAAGCAAAAGACACUGAAAAAAACUAGAAAAUUUGUUAUUGAUGGAGUAGUUGUCACAACAACAACAAGUAAGGUGAUUUAUGGAGAUGACGAUAAACCAGUGAAAGAAGAUCAUGUGUUAAGGAAACUGGAACUAAGAGAAUUAAAGAUGCUACAAAAACUUGAAACCAAACAAUUUCAAGAUUUAAGUGCUAAAGCAGUGGCAGCUCGUGAACAAUCUGAGAAACGUUAUGAGCAGGAAAUGGCGACACUGAUUCGUGGAUAUGAUGCCGAUCUGGAAGCUCUAGUUAGACAACAAAAACAACAAUUGGAUAGAGCUGAGCAACAGCAAGAAAUUGAUCUCAAAAUAGCAUCUAAGAAAGUUAGAGCAGAGCAGGAUCGAGAAUUAAGAGCAUUUAGAGAAAAUCUGAAACAUGAGUUGAAACUUCUAAAACAUGAAAUCGAUUUAUUGCCAAAGGAAAAACGAAAAGAUGCUUUUAAAGAGCGAAAGGAAAAACUUGAUAUUGAACAUUCAGAAAAGGAAUUAGCAUUUUUGAAAAAGCUUAAUAUAAAUCAUGAACUUUCCAUGAAGAGACUGAGUGAUAGUUAUGCCGCCAAAAUUGCCUUACUGGAACGUCAGUUUUUGCAACAAAAGCAACAGCUUUUGAGAGCUCGAGAAGCUGCUAUCUGGGAAUUAGAAGAAAGACAUCUUCAAGAAAAGCACCAACUAUCUAAACGUCAAUUGAAAGAUAUAUUCUUUCUUCAGCGACACCAGAUGUUAGUACGUCAUGAAAAGGAACUGGAACAAGUCAAAAGAAUGAAUACAUGCAAAGAAGAAGAAUUGCUUAAAUGGCAAGCUGUUGAAAGGAGGCAAUUGCCAAAGCGCAUUCGAGCUGAAAUGAAAACUAGAGAGUUGAUGUUUAGAGAAAGCUUGCGAAUAAGUGUAGCAAAUCUUUCUGAAUCUCCUGAAGAAGAAAGAGAAAAAAUUAGAAAAUUUCAAGAAGGAGAAAAGAAGCGAUAUAAAGCUGAACAGCUGCGUCAUGAACAAAAGCAAAAGAAACAGUUGGAAGAAUUGCGCAUGUGUGCUGAAAGUACUUUAAAAGAACUUGAACAGUUACAGAAUGAAAAACGAAAGAUGUUAAUGGAACACGAAACGACGAAGUUAAAACAGCUUGAAGAACAACAUGCAAAAGAAUUACAAGAGUGGAAAAUUAGCUUGAAACCUAGGAAGCAGAGCCUGGAAGAAGAAUUUGUGGUGCAGCGUGAAGAACAAGAAUCUCUUUUGAAAGAAAGAAUGAAUAAUGAUUAUAGUCCUCCUUCCAUUCCUGAAACUGAAAUAUUUCCUUUGUCUUGUCCAUAAUUAUAUUAUAUAUUGUAUAACUGAAAGCUUAAUCCUUAUUUUAACAAGUGCCUUUUCUACAGUGCCAAUUCCUGGAAUUCUGUAAAAGAAAAAGAAAUUGCUUUUAACCCUUAAUUUAGCUUUAAAUUGAAAGUAAUCUUGAAAUUAAGGUCCUGGAAAUCAAAGUGAAAUUGCUGUGGCUAUUUCAUUCUGUGAUAUAUUAGAGAUCUUUUUGUUCUGCGGUUUCUCCGUAUGCUUGUAUUACUGGUUUUAUUUUGUUUUAGAAUAAAGGUUUAAGAUCUUGAAAUAUGUAUUGCUAUACUUAACCGAGAAAAACUGCUUACAUUAGUUUUUCUUUAGUAUAUUUCAAACUGUACUAAUCAUUUUAUUUGUUUGUGUGCAUAAUAUCUUAUAAAAUAGACACUAAUAAUUCACUUGAAUUUGAUAAUUUGAGAUUUUUUUUAUUUUUUAUGAAGUAUUGAAAAGUAGAGGCUCUAAAAUUACAUUCAAUUCUAUAAUGAAAGCAAUAAAAUGAACGUAGGAAAUGUGUUGACGUUUCUAUUUAGAAUGAUGAGCUUAUUAAUUGUGCUGAUAUCUUUUGCAUUUUAAUUUGACAUUUUAUGUUAUAGAACUUUUGAUGUUCCUAUUGUAGUUGUGUUUUAUUCUGUGUUGUAUGAUUUUUCACAUAAAAGUACUUAAUGUUAAACUCACACAAACAAUAUGUGUGAAAACGAGACAAAGCUGAAAUAUUCAUAUUGAACCGAAAUAUCUGGAGUAUCGCAUUUUUUAGGUAUGAAGUGCUUCCACCUCCCUCCCUUCUCAAAAUUAUUUAUGAUACUAUAAAAUAAUUAAUAAUUUGUAUAAUUUGUGAGUUUUCAUUAAGCUUUGCUCUCUGAUUUAUUUAAUUUAUGGCGAAUAUUUCCAUGAAGGUGAAAUUUAUUUUAAUUGUUAGUGUCUAAUUUUUAAUA